AUGGCGUGGCGCCUCCUGUGGCCUUUUGUCCUAAUGGGAGUGUUGAGCUGCGUGGCUCUGGAAAUUCACCCGGAGGAGUCCCAGUAUUACGCCGCCGAGGGCUCCGAUGUCACAAUGCUUUGCCAGUACAAUGACACUCUGGACAGGUCGGGGUACAUCAUAUGGAGUUUCACCCGGUUUGAUGCCUAUAAACCACCACGCAUCUUUCUGUUCGGUGACGGCCGCUUGCACUUGGAUCUUGACGCAACGAUGAAGGGCAGGGUCCAUUUCGCUGCACGCGAUGCCCUAAAUGGAGACGCUUCUCUCACCAUUAGCAACGUCAGUCGCUCAGACGCGAUGACUUACAUUUGCGUUGUGAAAAAGUUACCUGAAAUGGAGGAGAAGAAGAUAAUGACCCUGAGGGUCAUGGAGCCGCCAAGUCAACCGAUAUGCAACUUGCAAGAGGAAUUCGCCCGAGGCAAUAACGUGACGCUCACAUGCUUGUCUUUCCAUGGUGAAUCCCCUCUGACGUACACCUGGUCCAAGAUCAGCGGAAACCAGGUCCUCCCCGCCAAUGCUGUGGUGGACUCCGUAAGAGGCACCAUGCGUUUGGAUAGUAUCAUCGAGCAGGACUGUGGAAGCUAUCUCUGCACAGUGGAGAGCUUGGUCGGAAGCAAAAGCUGUGAGCUCGUCCUCCCCUGCCCGGACGUGCCAGAAGCCCACAUGUCCUCCGCGCUGCUGAUUACCAUUUCCAUCACGGUGGUCCUCGUCAUCCUUGCCGUUUCCAUCAUCACCGCUGGCUGCUUGUGGUGGUCCAGAAAGAAGACAGGGCAGCAUAACUUCAGUGAGAACGUGGGUGAUGUGCCACCUCCUUCCCAAUGGAUUCCAAAAAAAAAAGAGAUUCUGCCGUCUUUGCACUACGAGAUUAGGGAAAGAACAAUGAAGAGAUCUCAAAACAUUGAGACAUUCUUUAUUGUCAAGAAGAAAAAAAGAUCAGCUGCUGGAGACAGUGGGGCUACAGCAUCCUCUUCAGGACAGCAUUCAGCAGAGAUUCUCAUCAGUGAGGGUGACAGCCAUUCAGAUGAGGAUCCACAAGCGUCUAUAUGUGAAAGUGGCAGCGACACAGACGAGGCUCCACAUUCUCCGCUCCCCACAUCGUCCCAGUCAUCAGGUAUUCUGCCUGCAAAAACCUUUUGGACAGACUGCCAGCCGCCUUGCGUGUACUUCAUGAGAUGGCUGAAGAGAGCAGUGGUGAAAGAUCUGUGGAAGCAAGAGGUCUGCUUACCCAGAUAG